CUUCCCUUCCUUCCUUCUUUCUUUCUUUCAUUCUUAAUCUCUUUCUUGAUACCCCGCAGUACUUUAAAUCUCUAGCUACGAACGUACCACAUAACUGUUUCCAUGAACGCUACGAACUACAGGUGUAUAGAGUAGCAAACAAACCAUUAAUAUCCUCUGUAUAAACCAAGGCAAGCCAAGGCCGUUAUAGUAAAAAAUGUGCAACUUCACAUUGCCUUGAAGAGUACAUUAUAGUCACCAGUUCCCAAAGAAAAGCCAUUCUCCGAGAGAGCCUGGUAUCAAGAUAUUUAAACUUAAAAAGGCGGGAAAUUUAAAUCAUUAUUACACAUCAAUUCAAUAUACUUUUAUAAAGUGACAGAAAGGUCUGCUAAACUAGGAAUCAUACGAUAUUUAUUCAACGAUGGAUCGAUAUAACAAGAUUGCAAUGAUUGGUAAAGGAACAUUUGGUUCAGCUUGGCUCGUCGAAUCGAAGUUGAGUGGAUACAAAUAUGCAAUCAAGGAACUUAGCGUUCGUACUAUGACAGCUGCCGACCGCCAUCUUGCUUUGAACGAAGUCAAAAUUCUCUCCACUCUUAAACACAAAAAUAUUAUUCGCUACAAGAAUGCCUUUGAGGAGGAAAGUAAUUUUUACAUCGUGAUGGAGUAUGCUGAAGGAGGUGACCUAUACUCGAAGAUCAAACAGUCCACAAGUCUCUUUCCACAAGAGCAAGUUCUUGACUGGUUUACGCAGCUGUUACUCGCUCUCAAACACAUUCAUGGACUAAACAUGCUACAUCGAGAUCUAAAAACCCAAAAUAUAUUCCUGACCAGAAGUGACGUCAUCAAGCUUGGUGACUUUGGGAUCGCUCGAAUAUUGGACAGUACCACUGACCAUGCGCAAACUACUGUAGGAACGCCAUAUUACCUGUCACCUGAAAUAUGCCAACGGCAACCCUAUAACCAAAAGAGUGACAUGUGGGCAUUAGGCUGCGUGAUGUACGAGAUUACAUCCCUCAAGCACCCCUUUACUGCUGACUGUUUCUCGUCUCUAGUUGUCAAAAUCCUUCAUGGGAAAUACGCACCAAUACCCAGUGAGUAUGGUCCACUUUUAGAAGAUCUUAUAGCGAUUCUUCUGAGUGCAAACCCAAACGAUCGUCCCUCGGCAAAGCAGCUUCUGUUUGUGCCCGCUAUGAAGAAAUACGUCGAAAAAUACGCUGUGAUAGCUCCUAGAGGGAAGAUAAAUAGCACGGUUACAGAAUCAAACGAAAGCCAAAUACAGAACGGAUGUGGAAAAGCCAAAAGCUGGCACUUAUUAGAACAAGAGAGUCAGGAAAAAGUUAUGAGUAAAGGAACUGAAGUGGAAAGAGAUAGGAGUGAAAGUGCUUCUUGUCAUAAAUCACAACAACCAGAACGUUGUCACUGUGAGGCGCCCUCGGUUGUAAAAAUGAGGCCUGAAAAACAACUGGAAAGGAAAGAGAAAGUAUAUAGUGCAUCUGAAGAAGAGAUGUGCCGGGAAAAGACAAAUGGUUGCCCUGCUGCAGCUAUUCGCAAAGAAAGGCGAGCAGAAAGUAUGUCAUAUGUUGAGAUACUACGAAAUGCGCAACGUGGUGGUGAAAAGUCUCCUGGAAGGCGAGGUAUUCAAAAAGAAGCUAAAUCUGUUGAAUCAUCAAUAGGAAAUAGUAUAAAGAUAUCAAUAUUGAAAGAACAUCAAAAGAAAAGGCGUUCCACGGUCGAUUCCGGUGUGCGACCAUUAAACGUUGAAAUAAAUUCAAACCAAAACAAGACAAAAGCAAGAUAUAAAACGAGAACUGAAAGGAUUUACUCGGACGUAACGGGAUCGUCUAAGUGUGUUAGUGGCAUUAAAAAAGAUUGCAUUCAAGAUAACACCAAACAUAGAAAGUUUAUUGGUGUCAAAGAGUUGAAAAUCAAACCCAAAAUGAUUCAGAAAUCUACUGAAAACAGCGGUUAUAAAAAGAAGUCAUUAGGCAAAGAUGAAGUGCCGUCUUUAUCUAGAGGACAACGUAGGUCAUGCUCAGCGCACACACAUGUAAGGAAUGAACUAAACAGGAAAACGCAUGAUGUCGAGAGAAAGAACACAGCACGUCUACUCGUGUCUGACAAGGGCGACAGUCACAGCAGUGACACUGACUCCACCGACAGCGACGAAGAAGAUGCGAUGGUGAACACCAUUACACAACCGCGUUCUCACAAUAUCACCCGCAUGAAACCACCCCACGAUAAAGAUGGUACAUCUAACAAGUCACGUGAUAGAACCGCGUCCACGCCAUGUGGUGGUGUAGAAGCAAACGCAAGGCGGCGAGUAGCUCGGGAGUCACUCAACUACCACAUGUAUCACUGUAAAAGACUUCGUGCAAAAUCCACAAGGUCUACGUCUUCUGAGACACUCAACAAGGAAAACCUCCAUCCUGCAACUCGUACACAAGCUGGCUCCAAGGUGCUAGCGAAAGUUAAAGCCCCCGCAGUUUUUCAAGAAAAAGACGCAGAGAUCGCAGUGGUCGAACCGACUGAAUUCAAGCGAUGCCAAACUUACAAAGUUGCGCAGUUUCGUCGUUUACCACUGAUGUCUGUACCAGACGCGACAAGGAAUGUAGUAACUGAAGUGGCUUCAAACACCAAGAUCGACCAAUCAUCUUCCAGUGGCCGUCAUAAAUCUGAUUCAACUUUUUUAAACCCAAAGCUGUCUAUAACCAAGUUCCAUGCGCUUAAAGCGGCGCAUAUAGAUAGAGCUCGACGAAGAGCGAAAAGAAUUAGUGCGGCUGUUGACGUUGGGUCAUCGCGGCGAGAAUUUUCUGUUAAUCCAGAUAGCGCAUGCGCAGCCGUUACGAAUCAUUCUCUCUUGGCAAAGGCUGCGACCGAAUUAGAAAACAAUAAUUCUYGUGCUACCAAAGCAGCGGAGACUGAAGCGAAAAUAAGAAAGAAUAGUAAAGUACCCAGUAGUAAAAAUGAUAAUACUGAAAUGAAAUUCAAGUUCCGAGGACAGACUCUACAUUUAAAUGCAACAGACGCCAAGUCAGCCUUUGCACACAUGGAAGCCGUCAGAGUAUUCUUGGAAGAAAAUCUCGGAACAAAGCGGUUUAUCGAUGCUUACCAAUACUUGAAUGAUUCUGUUUUUCUCUCUGAGAAAGAGAAGAAGAUGGACUGCAAUAUUCGGCAUAUCAUAGGAAAAGAGAACUUGGAGUAUUUACCGCUGUUGCAUCAGUUGAUUGCCAGUGAGACCAACCAUUUUGGAACACAUGUUUAGCAAUAAGCUUCCCGAACAGAUCGUAUUGUAGCACACAAAGGUAUUUAGCUGAAUGAGAAAAGAAAUAGUCUAUUGGAUCUUGAAGUAAAAUGGAUUGGAGGGAGUAAUCAAGCUGAAAAAUCGACAAAAUAGAUUAUAAUAUUUUAUAUUUUGUCAUCUAAAAGUUCAAAGUAAUUCUUGGAAGAGUAUUGUCUUUCAUUGACCGUGAAGAGGUACGGGUGUUUGCUUUUGUAACCUCUUGGCUCAGCUGCACAACAAAAUACGAGACACAUUUGUUCCCAGUUUUCUACAUUAAAAGCAGAACUCUCAGCGUGAAACUUACAGCUAACUAAUAUAUUCAAGAAAGCUGCUGUAUAGACUUCGGAGAUUGGAAGUUUUCGCGCCAAAACACGGGCGCCUCCCCUAAUGCAAGCUUGUUCAAUAUGUACAACACCAACGUCACAUAUGUAGUAUUGCCUCCAACCCAUUUGUUACAUAUUGCGUUCUCUCUCGUUAGCAAUAUAGGGAGAAUAUUUAUGAAUGUAAGUCAUUCGUAUGAUAAAUAUACUGAGAGGUUGCCAUUAAAUUUCACAGACGAUAAUGCUGUAGAUAAGCGCUGUAAACUUGUCAUCUAUCGUCCGUGAAAAUUUAAUGGCAAUCGGGAGUUUUAUUCCAGAAAACCUCGUGCAAACAUUCCAGGAUUCUGAAAUAUCUAACGACACUUGGUCUGUUACCAUCUGCUGCUGUUACAAUACAAAGUAAUGUGAAUGGCUUGAAACAAAUAAAAAAAACCUGAAUUUCCUCCAAUCAGAUACAAUGAGGUUUUCUCAAUCAUCCUUCAGGAUCAUAAGUCAUUUGCUCUAUAUCAGUAUUUGUUAAUAAUAUUAUAUAUUAACUAUUUUGAUACCCACAAAUUCAUAAUGAAGGAAAAUCUAAAAGACCUCUUUGGCUUGGGUGUAAUCUUUUCCCAUUUCGGACCAAGAGUCAUUCCUUAGAGUAUCGAUUCUUUGUUUAAGCGUUGCGCAUAAGAAGACACAUGAAGAUGGAUACAACUCAAACAAAUCGCAUUCUCACGGGAAUGACACGUGGUAUGAAAUAGGAAAAUAUUUCGUCCAAGGUAAAGAGGUUUAUUUGUAAUCAGUAACGACAAACACCAUGUAUAUAUCUAAAGUUACAUCCAUGAUAAUUCAUACGCGUACGAACAAUAUGUAUUUGUAAAUAGUUCUUCCAUGACAGUUAUAUUUAUAUU